AUGCCACAACAAAGAGCUCGACGAGGUCCAAAGUGGACACAGUCUCAUACUGACACUGGGAUUGUCCUCAAGUGGGUUGCUGGUCAGUUUGCUGCUGGUAGACGCAAUUGCACUCACACCGAGUUUAAGGCCACCCCUCAAGGCCAAGUCCUGUGCGAGAAGUGGACAUCAGCCAAGGUUGACCACAAUUUCAAGCAGACCAAGAAGCAAUACGAGAUUGAUAUUCAUCCUUCCACUCGCGGCCAAGGUGGAUUCACCCCUGAAGUCCGCGCCAUUGCUGGCCUAGCCAUCCCUGAAAACGCUGCUGCUGAGGCUCCUCCCUUGGUUCCUGGAGACGACGGCGAAGAUCUUGGUGCUGAAGACGACAUUCUGGGUGGCACGCUAGACGAAGACGAGUUUUUGGAAGAAGAAGAAGUUGCCGACACCACUGCUCCACCAACACCAACGCCGCCGCCGCCGCCGCCGCCGCCGCCGCCGCCGCCGCCGACACCACAAUCUGGCAACAACAUGAGCUUCUACACGCGUCAUUAUGUCAAUGACAGCAUGGUGGAUAACAACCGCGGAGUUGUGUCCACAUUGUAUGUUGCUCGCUUUGAUCCACCCUCUGGUGUCACCACCGUGGAAGCAACCUUGCGGGAGGAUAUGAAGACCAUCGAGUUCAGAUUUAUGGAGCCAAAUGGGGCUCACAAUGGAGAUGUUGUUGGACAGCAGUUGGAUCAACCACUCCGCAACACCAUCAAUAGGGCAGAAGAAGAUGAAAUUCGAGAUGGUGACUAUGAGGAAAUCAAUGGCACCAUUUGGGCCAAAGCAUCUGUUGCGCUACCCGAAGCAGUUGAACCUUACCUUGUUAGUCCUCGCAUUGUUGACUUUGGCAGCUUGCAGAACCCAGUCUGCUACACGACAAUUCCCAGGACUACGAGGUUGAUGACUAUUGUUGGUGCUUGGUCCAAGCGCAACAAGCCCAUCAAGGCUAGAGAUGCAUUCGUUCCCGUCUCGGUCGAAGAGGCCCAGAGGACGGCAACUCUCUUUGGUUUGGCAACUCCGCCUCCUCCUCCCAACACUCGUGUGCCUGCUCCAGCUCCAGACCCAAUGUUGGCGCAGUUGCUUCAUCGGCUCAAUCAACAGGAAGCUCAGGUCAAUCAGAUGAGGCGACAGCAUGAACAAGAGUUGGCGACGCAGAGGCAGCAGUUCAACACCACUACACAACAACUCGAUGAGCAAUACAAGAGAGCUGCCAACGCACGAGAUGAGCAUGUUCAGGCGAAUUCGCCAGCUGCGUACCAGUAUUUUAGAGAAAACUUCAACACCAUGAGCGAAGAAGAUUUCCGCAAUUUGAUGCAGCGAAUGUCCAUGGCUGCAGCCCCCGCGGCAGCUCCAGCCCCAGCUCCAGCCCCAGCUGGCACCGAAACCAGGCCUUCCCAUGUUUUCACAGUUUCGGAUGAGUCCACUGCCGGUGGCAGCAGCAUGUCCGAGGAAGAACAGUUCAAGACGCCCAGGAAUGAUUGA